AUGGGCAUCGUACAAUAUCUCCAACUCAUGCUGUUUGUAUCCAAUUUGACCCUCUCCACUGUGGCACAGAAAGCAGUAACUUGUCUAAACUUCAAGUUUGCUAUCGAUGAAGAUGUCGUCUAUAAUCACAUUCUUGAGGGUCACGUGUUUCAAAGAUUGACAGUUCCCGAUGUCAUCCAGUGUCACUUGAAGUGCAAAGAUGACUGCCUGUACGUAUCCAUGAACUAUUUCCCUCUGUCCAAAGAAAAUAACUGUGAGCUUAACGUUGCUAAUAAAGGUAUUGAGCCAGCGGCGAUGAAAUGGAGGCAAGGAGGAAAUUAUUAUGAUUUGGUGAGAAGCUACACGGUGAAGGUGAGAUAACAUUGUUCAUUUAAUUCCUUAUUCAUUUAUUUAUCAACUUUCGUAAAUAAAAUAAAUUUUCCCACGUGAUCAAGUUUUCCGGUACUCCUUAAAAAAGAGGUGAGUUAUAUGUCAGUCCGGGCCAAAGACAAUUUUGGGCAUACUGUUUAGUCUGCGACAUGAUCGGUCUAGACAAAACAGAAACAAACUGAUUUGGCUGAGAGAGGAUUAGGUUCAUUCUCUUUCUCGCAAACUUUUUUCUUAACGGCCAAGUUGUAAUGCGAAGGGAACGGCAGAACAAAAGUGAAUAAAAAUUUCAUAAAGACAUUACUGACUUAACCAUUGCUGUAUUACUGGAUUUCAAAUCUAAUUUGUAAUGCAAAUUUCAUCUCCAUUCUGGCACCCCGCUGUGUGUUGCACGCAUACGUACUUUGCUCGCACUGUUUGUUAUCAAUUCGAUCCGUUUCUGGUGAGAUUUGUCGAUGGCUGCUAAAAAGUACAUGCCAACCCAAUUCGAUGAGCAUGGUAAGCUAAAAAAUCCUUUGAAUGUUGCUGUAGGGUGGAGACAAAUACACACCAGAGAAGCAUCAUUGCAUCGACAGAUGCUGCCGCACCAAUCCUUGUCUCAAUGGAGGGGUAUGUCAGGAGAUUUGUGACACUAACAGCACCAGGUUUAACUGUACCUGUCCUAACACAUACUCUGGUCAGCGCUGUGAGAGGAUGAAACAUCCGAGAAGCUGCAAAGACAUUGCUAAGAACAAUGCCUCGGCAUCAGGAAAAUACGACAUUUACGAUUCAAACAGUGAUCGGUUUUCUGUUUAUUGUGACUUGCAGUCUGAACCUGGCUUUAUAUGGACGUUGAUACAAUCGUUUUCCUUGGCUAGAGGAAAAGCCUUCGAGAAUGCAGGGUUUGGCAAAAACCUUGCAAUUGAUAUUGAAGAGGAGGGAGUGAACUGGAACGAGUUCCGACUAUCCUUAUCGCAAAUGCAGUCUCUUGCUAUUUACUCCACACAUCUGAGAGCAACCUGUAACUUCUCUACGGAUGGUCUGCGGUAUACAGACUACGCACGCGCUAAGCUGGCAGGUCAUGAUAUUUUUGGUACCUUGAAAACCUGCCAGAGGUACGAAUAUAUUAAUAUCCGAGGAAUCUACUGUUCUAAUUGCACCGCCCUGACAAAACAGCUGAUAGAUUCGUCCUGGCACAUAAAGAGUUACAGUAGCAUAGAUGCCGGAUGUGAAUUUGAUGGAAAACCAGGUGGAUUCCGCGGUGAAAAAAAUUUCGGAAGAUUUAAAAGCCGUUAUAUAAAUCAGGAUCACCGCUGCUCGUUUUCAUCUGCUUCUACAACGCAGCAUUGGUUUGGAGCUAAAUAUGACGUGUAA